AUGGCCGAUAACCCAGACCUCGUGCGUAGACAAGCAUCAGAGAAAGACACCUUACUGGAGCCGCUGCUUGGCUUUGUACCGCGGCAAGUCAAGGGGGAGCAGGUCCGUAAGGCUUUGGACCACCAAAUGAACCCGUUCACGAAAAAAUUCCGCACUGAACGAUACAAGGAAUUGUUAAAGGCACGUCAAAAGCUGCCCGUGUUUGCUCAGCUGGGCGAGUUUUUGACAAUGUUCCGCGAAAGCCAAAUCAUUGUAAUGGUUGGAGAAACUGGUGCCGGGAAGACCACACAAAUACCACAAUUUGUCGCAUAUUUUGACUUGCCGCACAUCGAAGGAAAAGUAGUUGCAUGCACUCAACCGCGACGAGUUGCCGCAAUGUCCGCAGCAAGGCGUGUGGCAGAGGAGAUGGAUGUUGAACUUGGCCGUGAAGUCGGUUAUUCUAUCCGUUUCGAAGAUAUGACCGAACCUGGUAAAACCUUCCUCAAAUACAUGACUGACGGUAUGCUUCUUCGUGAAGCCAUGAAUGACCCUAAUCUCGAACGAUAUUCGACUAUCAUUCUUGACGAAGCCCACGAGCGUACUCUUGCAACAGAUGUUCUCAUGGGCCUUUUAAAGGACAUUGCCAAACGCCGCGCCGAUCUCAAAAUCAUCAUAAUGUCCGCCACUCUCGAUGCACUCAAAUUCCAAAAAUACUUCGGCCUCACCCAAGACUCUGCCGCCCCCCUUUUCAAAGUACCAGGGAGAACACAUCCCGUGGAAGUCUUUUACACACAGGAACCUGAACCCGAUUAUGUUGAAGCCGCUAUUAGAACUGUAUUGAUGAUUCAUCGUGCAGAAGAUCCCGGCGAUAUCCUUGUUUUCUUGACGGGAGAGGAAGAAAUUGAAGAUGCUUGUAAAAAGAUCAAGCUCGAAGCAGAUGAUUUGGUGAACCAAGAUCCCGACUCUGUUGGACCUCUCGUGUGCAUACCCCUGUAUUCAUCUCUACCUCCACAACAACAGCAGAGAAUAUUCGAUCCAGCACCUUCAGCCAUAUCUCCAUCUAGACCCCGGGGGCGAAAAGUCGUAGUGUCUACCAACAUCGCCGAAACGUCGUUGACAAUAGAUGGUAUCGUCUAUGUCGUGGAUCCCGGCUUCUUAAAACAAAAAGUGUACAACCCACGGAUAAGAGUAGAGAGUUUAUUGGUUAGCCCAAUCUCCAAAGCUUCGGCACAACAACGAGCUGGACGAGCUGGACGAACACGUCCUGGGAAGUGUUUCCGACUUUAUACGGAGAAAGAUUUCAUGGGCGAAUUAGAGGAGCAAACAUAUCCUGAAAUUUUACGAUGUAAUCUCAGCAAUACUGUUCUGGAGUUGCUCAAGCUUGGUAUCAAGGAUCUUGUACGAUUUGACUUCGUAGACGCCCCUCUCCAGAGACGCUGA